AUGAUGCUUGUCACGAAAGGAUUCGCGCUGCACCGGAAAGUGUGCCAGCGCUUUCAAUCGAAGAUGGUUGACGACGACCGGGAUACCUUUCUGCGUGGCGUAAGACCUUUCAUCAUACUCGGACAACUGUUUGGUAUUUUCCCCAUUUACGGUAUCACAACAAACGAUCCGACCCGGUUCCGGCUAAAGUGGUUUUCGCUGCGCGUCAUCCUCAAUCUUAUCAUCGUGGUAACUGCCAUGCUGCAGGCGUACCUUGAGUACGGUCGGCUCAAGAUGAUCGGCACUAACGCGAAGAACGUUAGUGGAUUGAUUUUCUUUCUGGACGCUUGUCUGAUUAAUGUGCUGUUCCUCAAUUUGGCCACCAAAUGGCGUACGGUGGCGGCCAAAUGGGACGAGGUGGAUGAAACGUUUAACCGUGCUCCUUACCAGUUGGUGGGCUGGAGUUUGCGGAAGCGAUUGUGCGUUGCUUCGUUUUCGUUGGUUUUCCUUGCCGCUGUGGAGCAUUGCCUAUCGAUAGCUAACGGUGCACAUAAUCAGUUUUACGAAGUACAGUACUGCAAUUGGACGGUUUCGAACUACUUCCGGCAUUAUGCAUUGCGUAGAUUUGCGAAUGUUUACAUCAACUUCCCGUAUAAUCAUCUGAGUGCGGCGUUCUUUACAUACGUGUCUUCCGCACUGACCAUUUACUGGAAUUAUCAGGACAUCUUUAUUAUUUUGAUAAGCAUCGGUUUGGCGACACGAUUCCAGCAGAUCAACAACCAUCUAAAGAUACUGUCCGACGGCGUCUUGAUACCGGGAGAAGACUUUUGGAUACGAGUUCGUACGAACUAUGUGUCGGUGUGUGAGCUGCUGGAUGAUGUCGAUCGCGUUAUCUCGUGGACGAUGCUGAUCUCUUGCGCUACCAAUCUGUACUACAUUUGUCUCCAGAUUUUGCACGUUUCCAAGAAGCUGGCUAACACGGUCGAGGAUGCUUACUAUUGGUUUUCGUUGGUAUUUUUGAUCGUACGCACCGUGAUCGUGUUUUUGUCCGCGGCACACAUACAUGACUGUGCAAAGAAGCCGCUGGAUAUCAUUAUGAAAAUUCCCAACGUUGGGUGGUGUGUUGAGCUUGAACGUUUCUCGACACAAUUGAAAAGCGAAAAGGUGGCUCUCUCGGGAAUGGGAUUUUUCAGUCUCACGCGUCAACUGCUGUUUUCGGUAAGUCACUGUGUGUCGGGAUUUGUUGGAAAACUGGAAAUUGGGAAUGUUUUUCUUGCAGAUGGCUGGAACAAUUGUGACGUACGAGUUAGUGAUGCUAAAGUUUGA